AUGUCUGACAGCUACAACCCGAAAAAGAAGAAAAGUUCAGGAGUUAAAAUCUCUGGAACUGCUAAGGCACACAAGAAGAGAAAGGCUGCCUCCACUAUCCCUCUGGAGACUCCUCCUACAAGAGUAAUAGCUACAAGGAGUCAGAAGAAGCAGAGUGAGGCUGAACUUGAAAGAUCCUUAGAAGAGAAUAAACGAAAAGUCGUUGUAAAGGGAAAGAAGAAAGUGAGUGAGCCUGUUAAGGAAAUUGAGAUUGAGGAGAUGGACCUGGUUCUUCAUGAUGAAGAUGAGGCAGAUGAGGUGGAGACUGUUGAUGCAGAGCCUUCUACCUUGGCAAAAAGAACCAGGUCUGCCAGGAAAUCUAAGAAAGUGCAAGUAGUGGAAGAAGAAGAAAGUGAAGAAGAAGUGGAAACUGGUGAAGAACGGGACAAGAUGGUGAAGUUUGAAAAAAAACCAUCUUAA